AUGAAAAUAUUUAUCUCAAUUGCAUACUCAAUUUGCUUCGUUAUGCGUAGCUCAGUGUUAUUAAAAAAAUCUAAAAGGGGAGUUGUUGAAAUUGUCAAGGACACAACAAUGCUUAAUCAUGAGAUCUUGAAUGACUUUAACAUCGUCAAAUGCACUAUUUCAACACUGUUUCUGUUUUUUAAGUACAAGGUUGAAGACCGUCAUGGAAUGUCUUCAUCGUGUCUUCAUUCUAGCAGCGACGAGUUGUUCUGCUUUACGUUUAUCGCUUUUGGCAAAUCAAUGUCGAAGUUGACUGGAAUUUGGAAAGUAACUUUAAAAGAUCAAGAUUUUGAUGGUCAAUGUUUGUUGGCUAGAGUGUUUUGGAAACAGAAUAUAUAA